AAACAUAUAACAUAAGUGAUAAAAUUAAAGAAUUGAAGGAACAAAAGAAUGCUGUCUUUAAUGAACUACCCUCAUAUAAAAUAUAUGAUGAACUAAAUAAAAAAAUUGAAAACAGAAGUACUAGUUCUAAACAAAAAGUGAAGUUAAGGCUCUUUGACAAAAAAAUUGAAAGUAAUUUAAAAAAUAUAUCAGAAAUAUAUCAUUUGAAAAAUGAAAGUCAUAAUGAUCGUUGUUUAUAUUUUAAUUACUGGGUACAUGAUGAAUUGCGUAAAAUAUUUAAUGGCAAAAAUAUUGAUGACUAUCAUAAUGAAACGGAUAUCGAUAAGAUACACGAUGUAUGGUAUCAUAUCAGUGAUGGCUUAAUGAAAGACGAUUUUAAUCAAAAUUAUGAAAUAAUAAAGAAUAAUUAUACUACUAAGAAUAAAAAUAUAACAUCCAAAACUGUAUAUGAUUUUUAUUCUUCAAGAAAUUUGCAUCCUGAACCAGAGAAGUUUUACAGUAUUAGAGAUUUUAGCAAACAUAAAGCUUGCUUCUACAAUUCAGAUUGUACAUUUUAUGACUGUGAUGAUAUGAAAAUUCUGUACGAUUAUUUUAAAAACUAUGAUACUAUUGAAAAUAAAAUUAGUACUGAAAAUAUGGCACAAUGUAACAUUUACCAAGAGUAUAUUAGUUAUAUUAAACCAAUAUAUGAUAAAUAUAAGGAUGACUGUUGCAACUUCGGUUUUUGCGAUUAUUUUAAUUGCAAUGAUAAUUAUGAUCCGAAUGAAUUACUGUAUAAAUUAAAAAAUUGUUCGGAAGGUAAUAAUGCCAAUAGUAUUAAUCCUGCUAGAACAAAAAGUGAAGAAAAUGAAUUUUACACACGGAUCAAUAAAAGAAAAAAGCGUUUUUGGAAUUCAGCAUUUGAUGAAAACAAAACGGGAUAUAGAUAUUUUAGGUGUUAUCAAAAAAAUAAUAAUACUGAUACGAACAUGCCCAAUGUGGCAUCAUGUUAUGAAGUUAAAACAUCUAGUAUAGAAGCAUUUGAAGAAGUAUUUGGUGUUGAAAAAACAAAAAUAAUGAAUAAUUCUAAUGAUAACUUUUCAAGAAGAACUAUUUCCAAAGAAAGUAAUACUGAUACGCCACCCAUAUCAGAAGAUACAUGUGACACAUUAUUUUGUGACACUUUUCGUAUUGGUUCAAUAGGUGUUUUUAUAGUUGGGACAAUUCUACUUUUUUUCAUUUAUUAUAAAGUAUGUGUAAAUUAUAUUGUUU